AUGGCCGGCAUUGAAACACAAGAAGGCCAUUUCAAUAAAUUUAUGGGUAUAUUAAAGAACGUCAGCGAUGGAUUUAAUGCAUUAUAUCAACUGAAAGCCAAUACUCAAGAAGAUAUAAAUAAAAUUUACGAAAUAAUCAAAGAAAAUUUGAUUGAAGAGAAAAAAUAUUCUCAAGAACAGAUAAUCAGCGAACUAUCUUACAUAAUUCAAUAUCGAAAUCGCUUUACCAAACCAUAUUUUACGUUAUUCAAGAAAUUUUACGAAGAAUUCAAUCCAAAAGAAGUUAAAACAAUAUCAUCUCUACUAGAUUACUUUGUUUAUAAAGAGUACUCUGUUAUUCUGGAUAAAGAAGAUAAAGAUGACAUCAAAAAUUAUGAAUCUCAAAAGCUUUCAUUGGAAAUCCACGAAGAAAACACAAUUUACAGAGCAAUUAUGAAUGAUGAUAAAGAUUCCUUAAUAAAAUCUACAGAAAAAGAAGAUUUUGAUAAAAAUCAAAUUCUGAAAAGUGGAUUAUAUCCUGAAUCAGAAAAAGGAUAUUCAUUACUUGAACUAUGCUGUUACCAUGGUUCAAUCAACUGCUUUAUGUCUUUGAGAGAUAAAUUUAAUUCAGAAAUCACUCUACAAUGUCUUCAAUUUUCAUUUUUAGGUGAAAAUUUAGAGAUAAUUAAAGAAUGUUUGAAAACACAAAAACCAGAUGAAGAAUGCAUGAGAUUUGCAAUUAUUUCUCAUAACAUUGAUCUCGUUAAGUUAUUGACGAAUGAAUAUAACAUGAACAUUGAUUUACAACAAUGUUAUCGCUUUAACAAUGUUGAAGCUUAUUUGCUUUAUUUAGAAAUGACAAAAGAUGUCAACAAUUGUUUUGUUUAUUCACCAAUCUUUAAUACUGUUUCUCUUUGCGAACAAUUAAUUUCUAUUGGUGCUUAUGUUAAGUCAAAGGAUGACCAAGGAAUGACUGCUUUACACCAUGCCGCUGAUGAUAAUAAUACUAAAGAAAUUGUUGAAUUCCUUGUUUUUAAUGGAAUUAAAGUCAACUCAAUUGAUCAAGAUGGAAAAACAGCUCUCCAUUAUGCCGCUAUGAAUAAUAAGAAAGAAAUUACAGUUUUUAUACUUUUACAUGGUGCAAAAAUUGAUUAUAAAGAUGAUUUUGGAAAAAGUGCACUUCAUUAUGCAGCUGAAUAUAAAAACUUAGAAAUAGCAGAACUUCUUAUUACUAAUGGAGCUAAAAUCGAUUCGAAAGAUGAAGAUAAGGAAACACCUCUUCAUUAUGCUGCAGAAAGUGAUUGUAAAGAAUUAGUCCAGCUUCUUAUUUCUAAAGGCGCUGAUAUUAAUGCAAAAGAUAACAAAAACAAAACAGUACUUCACUAUGCAGCAAUAAAUAAUAGCCAAGAAACUGCAGAGUUCCUUAUUAUGAAUGGAGCAGAUGUUAAUUCUAAAACUAAAAAUGGAAAAACUCCUAUUUAUUAUGCCAUCAUUAAUAACAGCAAAGAAACAGUUGCUCUACUUAUUUCACAUGGCGCCGACAUAACUGAAAAAUACGGAAAUGGAGCAACGCUUCUCCUUUGUGCGUCACGCUGUAAUAGCUAUGAAACUGCAGAACUUCUUAUUUCACACGGUUCAGACGUAAAUGCGAAAAAUUAUUAUUGGAAAACAUCUCUUCAUUAUGCAUCAAGAAAUAAUAACAAAGAACUAGUUGAACUUCUUAUUUCACAUGGUGCCCAAAUCAAUAUUAAAACUAAAAGAGGAAAAACUGCAUUAGAUUAUGCAUCAGAAAAAUGCAACACUGAAAUAGUCGAUCUCCUAAGAUCUCAUGGUGCAGAAAUCAAUACAAAAACCAAGAAAAAGAAAACUCACCCACCAUAUUUUAACAACAAACAGUGA